AGAGUAGCGCCGGAACUACGUAGAGCAAGAUGGAAGCUAGUGGCGCGAAAUCACGGAGCAUAUAUGGGUGAAGAUGAGCAAGCGAAGGCCAGCCGCUCUCUCUGAUGUCCAGUGUGUCUCUCUGGUUCAGGAGCUCCUGCGGGAGAGAUUGUGUCAUCAGAAGUUGCCAGAUCAGCCCAUAGGCCUCGACUCACAGUACAAGCACCUGCUGGAGCUGCUGAGACGAACUGCUGUUCAUGGAGAAAGUAACUCGGUUCUCAUCGUCGGUCCUCGAGGAUCUGGUAAAACUAUGUUGUUGGGUUGUGUUCUCCGAGAGCUCAUGAGUCUGAAGGAGGUGCAGAAGAAUGUUCUGCUGGUGGAGCUGAACGGUCUUCUGCAGACGGAUGAUAAAAUUGCUCUGAAAGAAAUCACGCGGCAGCUGCAUCUGGAGAACGUCGUAGGAGACAAAGUGUUUGGCAGUUUUGCGGAAAAUCUGGCUUUUCUUUUGGAGGCUCUCAAGAAAGGUGAUAAGAGCAGUAGUCGUCCUGUGCUCUUCUUGCUGGAUGAGUUUGAUCUGUUUGCUCAUCAUAAGAACCAGACGCUGCUCUACAAUCUGCUGGACGUUUCUCAGUCUGCGCAGACGCCUGUGGCUGUGGUCGGACUCACCUGCAGACUGGAUGUGCUGGAGCUGCUGGAGAAGCGGGUGAAGUCUCGAUUCUCUCACAGACAGAUUCAUCUCUUCAGUUCUCUCUCCUUCAGUCAGUAUGUGGAUGUGGUUCGACUGCAGCUCAGUUUGCCUCAGGAUUUCCCAGAUCACAGGUUCUCCAGCCAGUGGAACCAGAGCGUCACGAAACUGUGUGAAGAUAAAUCCGUUCUGGAGGUUUUAAAGAGAAGCUUCAACUCCAGUAAAGAUUUCCGCUCUCUGUAUUCGCUGCUGUUUAUGGCUGUGAGUCGUGUGUCCGUCUCUCACUCUACUCUGUGUGAAGCUGAUUUUCUUGAGUCCGGCCGCCUGAUUUCUGCCGAUUCCAAAGCAAACGUCCUCCAUGGUCUGUCUAUUCUGGAGCUGUGUUUGAUUAUUGCCAUGAAGCAUCUGAAUGACACCUAUGAUGGAGAACCCUUCAACUUCCAGAUGGUCCACAACGAGUUUAAGAAGUUCAUUCAGAGGAAAUCUCACUCCAUCCAUAAGUUUGAGAAGCCCGUGGUGAUGAAGGCGUUCGAGCACCUGCUGCAGCUGGAGUUGGUUCGUCCGGUGGACUCUGGAGUCUGUAAAGUCCAGCGCGAGUAUCAGCUGAUGCGGCUGAUGCUGGAGCACGGGCAGGUGAUGGAGGCGCUGCAGAGGUACCCACAAUGCCCCACUGACGUCAAACAGUGGGCGCUCUCCGCCUUCGCAUGACACUCACACUUUGGACAUUUCCUUGUCUGUGUAUAGGUUUGUUUGCAAUAAAAUAAUUUGGUAAUAAUG